AACUGCUUUCUCUAUCGGGCUACUUACAGUGUUUCGCUGAGGUGUAAAGAAGUGCUCCAAAGACGGGACAUUUAUUUUCUUGAAAAAUCCGAAAAGGAGUGGACAACCAUACAUAUGGCGAAUAAGGGACCAGAACUUCUUCCUGUGCACCUGGCGGAACUCACUGCCAGUCAGUUUCUCGAUAUAUGGAAUAAAUUCGAUGCUGAUGGGAAUGGCUGCAUUGAAGGGAAGGAACUGGAACAUUUCAUUCGUGAGCUUGAGAUUGCACGGAAAAGUGCGGAUCCUUCAAAUGCUUCAUUCAGAGACAGGAUGAGAGAGUUUAUGCUGAAAUUUGACGAGAACGGUGAUGGAAAGAUUGAGAUGUCUGAGCUGGCUCAGAUCCUGCCAACAGAGGAGAACUUUCUAUUAUGCUUCAGGCAGUUUGUGGGAUCCAGUGCUGAGUUUAUGGCGGCAUGGAGAAAAUACGAUACUGACCGAAGUGGAUACAUUGAAUCCAAUGAACUGAAGGGCUUCCUCUCCGAUCUACUGAAGAAAGCAAACAGACAUUAUGAUGACAAGAAACUGAACGAGUAUACACAGACCAUACUUAAAAUGUUUGACCUGAAUGGUGAUGGGAAGCUUGGAUUGUCUGAGAUGGCUAGACUUCUUCCAGUGCAGGAGAAUUUUCUGCUCAAAUUUCAGAACAUCAAACUAUCUGCUGAUGAAUUUGAAGGCAUCUUCGCCUAUUAUGACAAGGAUGGAAAUGGUUAUAUUGAUGAACAUGAGUUGGAUGCACUCCUGAGAGACCUCUACCAAAAGCAUAACAUGGUUGUUGAUACUCAAAGCCUGGCUAGCUCAAAGAAGAGCAUCAUGGCAUUGUCUGAUGGAGGGAAGCUCUUCCGUACAGAGCUGGAGAUUGUGCUCUGCAAAGAACCUUCAUUCUGAACUGUUACUGUAACUUUCACUCCCAUCUGUACCUUCACCCUCCCCAUUCUAGGUAAUGCAGGUGCAUGCGGUGGCUCUGUUCCACUUCUUAUCCUAUCAAAGUUAAUCAGCAUCCACAAAGUACCCCUCUCCAUGGCAUGCCUUUCCCAGAGAUAUGGAUUCUCAAUGAUGUGUGCAUCUUUUUUUUAAUGUAAUCCUUACAUUGUGGUAUAACAGUGGAAAUAUGGUCUUUGGUCUAAUUCUCCUGCUUGUACCAGAUCUUCAGAUUAGUUUAUGUAUUUUCCUCUAUGCAGUCUCCUCUCUCUUUACUUCUCUCUCUCUCUCUCUCUUCCCAUCUCCCUCUCUUUCCUUUUCUUUUUCUUGCAAGACUGUUCUGUUUUGCCAACACUGAUAUAUGUGACUAAAAUAAAGAUAAG